GGCAUGAGAUCGGAGAAAUCCCUUACGCUGGCGGCGCCGGGGGAGGUCCGUGGGCCGGAGGGGGAGCAACAGGAUGCGGGAGACUUCCCGGAGGCCGGCGGGGGCGGGGGCUGCUGUAGUAGCGAGCGGCUGGUGAUCAAUAUCUCCGGGCUGCGCUUUGAGACACAAUUGCGCACCCUGUCGCUGUUUCCGGACACGCUGCUCGGAGACCCUGGCCGGCGAGUCCGCUUCUUCGACCCCCUGAGGAACGAGUACUUCUUCGACCGCAACCGGCCCAGCUUCGACGCCAUCCUCUACUACUACCAGUCUGGGGGCCGCCUGCGGAGGCCAGUCAACGUGCCCCUGGACAUUUUCCUGGAGGAGAUCCGCUUCUACCAGCUGGGGGACGAGGCCCUGGCGGCCUUCCGGGAGGACGAGGGCUGCCUGCCCGAAGGUGGCGAGGACGAGAAGCCGCUGCCCUCCCAGCCCUUCCAGCGCCAGGUGUGGCUGCUCUUCGAGUACCCAGAGAGCUCUGGGCCGGCCAGGGGCAUCGCCAUCGUCUCCGUGUUGGUCAUUCUCAUCUCCAUAGUCAUCUUUUGCUUGGAGACCUUACCCCAGUUCCGUGUAGAUGGUCGAGGUGGAAACAAUGGUGGUGUGAGUCGAGUCUCCCCAGUUUCCAGGGGGAGUCAGGAGGAAGAGGAGGAUGAAGACGAUUCCUACACAUUUCAUCAUGGCAUCACCCCUGGGGAAAUGGGGACCGGGGGCUCCUCCUCACUCAGUACUCUUGGGGGCUCCUUCUUUACAGACCCCUUCUUUCUGGUGGAGACGCUGUGCAUUGUCUGGUUCACUUUUGAGCUCCUGGUGCGCUUCUCCGCCUGCCCUAGCAAGCCGGCCUUCUUCCGGAACAUCAUGAACAUCAUUGACUUGGUGGCUAUCUUCCCCUACUUCAUCACCCUGGGCACUGAGCUGGUGCAGCAGCAGGAGCAGCAACCAGCCAGUGGAGGAGGCGGCCAGAAUGGGCAGCAGGCCAUGUCCCUGGCCAUCCUCCGAGUCAUCCGCCUGGUCCGGGUGUUCCGCAUCUUCAAGCUCUCCCGCCACUCCAAGGGGCUGCAGAUCCUGGGCAAGACCUUGCAGGCCUCCAUGAGGGAGCUGGGGCUGCUCAUCUUCUUCCUCUUCAUCGGGGUCAUCCUCUUCUCCAGUGCCGUCUACUUCGCAGAGGCUGACGAUGACGAUUCGCUUUUUCCCAGCAUCCCGGAUGCCUUCUGGUGGGCAGUGGUUACAAUGACCACGGUAGGUUACGGGGACAUGUACCCCAUGACUGUGGGGGGCAAGAUCGUGGGCUCGCUGUGUGCCAUCGCUGGGGUCCUCACCAUUGCCCUGCCUGUGCCCGUCAUCGUCUCCAACUUCAACUACUUCUACCACCGGGAGACGGAGCAGGAGGAGCAAGGCCAGUAUACCCACGUCACUUGUGGGCAGCCUGCGCCGGACCUGAGGGCAACUGACAACGGACUUGGCAAGCCUGACUUCCCCGAGGCUAACCGGGAACGGAGACCCAGCUACCUUCCUACACCACAUCGGGCCUAUGCAGAGAAAAGAAUGCUCACGGAGGUCUGACCCAUGCAGGCAGGGCCUGCAGGAGGGGAGCACUGAGCUAACAGUCUCUUAGGCUUCCUUCUCAUUUCCACUACUCACUCUAGCUUCAGUUGACUUCUUGACUCUCUCCCCUACACCCACUACCUGGCAUCCAGGACCAAAUACCUGGACUAUCAACCUUGUUGCUUAAUCCCUGCAGCAUUCAAGGUUAAUCCAUCUAAGUGACAUUUUUGAAAUUCCAGCGGUGCCACCCAAUCAUGCCCAGCUUCUGUCAUAUGGAUGAGAUAUACAUUUAUGUCUGACCUUCCCUCAAGACUGAUUUUUCAUGUCUGGGACUUACAAUAUCUCAAGGAACAGCAAUGUCAACAGGAUGGAAACCAGCCCUAUCUGAGUCUUCGCUCCCUCCUUAGUGUUCUUUGCUUUGGGUCAUGUGCGUUUCCUAGCUUCAGGCCACUUGGUAACUGGAAGAAGCUGGAGGACAGAAGCAGUACUCAACUUGCUGUUAUUCCAGUGCCCUGUAACACCCACUGGUCCUCCUGCAGAUGACCCUUGGUAGAAUCUUUAUUUGCAUAGCCUCAAAAUAGGUUAUUCGUUUCUAAACUUGGAUGGAAUUAGAGAAUACAAUCAAACUUUACCACUUGGAGGACACGGGGGUUAGUCCAGGACCAAAGAGGCCAAUGGAUUUUUCAAAGUGUGCCCCAGCACAAGAGGCACUGGUGUUUGGUCUACAUUUAGUUCUCCCCACUCUGAUCCCCUGACUCUCCAGCUUCCAGGAAGGUUCCUUCUCAGAGCCAAAUACUCUUUGUGCAAGUGCCUUCCUGAGCAGAAGAACUGGAGAAAGGGAACCACAGAGCCAGGAGGAAUGUCUGAGCAGAGUCAAGCAACUGGCUUGACCACAGUCUGAAGCAAGGUGCCACUUAAACAGAUACUGUUUUCUCAAAGGGGCAGAGGAAUCGUGUUGCAGAUGGCAGCCUUUUCUCCUUCAUUUUCCCCAAAUUUUCUCUAGCCCUCUACCUUGCUUCCUGGGAAUUUGAUUUAGGAUUGCUGUUGAAGGCUUCCUCAAGCAAACUCCAGCUUAAAGCCCUAGACAGGUAAAAGCACACAUUGGAUGGCAGCAUGGGUUUCUUCCCAUUUUAUGGGCAUGAAAUAUGUGGUUUAGAAUAAGGAACAAGCAUUAUUCCUUUGCCAACAGCCUCACUCUAAGAGGCUUUUUUGCUGAGUCAAGCAAACACUUGCCUGCUCUGCCCCUUGGAGCUGCAUUUGACCUGCUCUCACUGGUAAGGUGACUUGGUGGCGUUCCCACUUGAUUUAGCCAUUUUCUUCCAUUGUGAGACCACUGCCGUCUAUCCACCUGCCCACCUCCCCUUUUGUUUCUCAGUAACAUUGCCAUUUGUUUUUUGCCUUUGAUAAACUGUGAUGUACUGUUCUGAGAUCUUUUGGGUGCAGUUCUGAAACUGAAAGGACUGUUAACAUGUUUUUAAUUUUAUAUCUAUGCUUUCAGACUCUUUGAUGAUAAUUUUUUUUAAAAAAAUUAUUCUCUCGAAGAGCAACUUACAAGAGGACAGCCUUAUGAGGGUUUGCUUGAGAGGCAGUGUGGCUUCUGUGACUGCCAGCUCUAAAUCUCGAUCUUGCCAUAACUUUACAGGGUAACUUGGGUCCACAGUCACGCUUUGUGCCUCAGUUUACCCACCCAUUAAAUGGGAACAUUACUGUCUUCCCCUCCCUACCUCAUGGGGAAUGUCUGGGAAGCUGGGGACAUUGCUAUGCAAACGUGUGAAUCUUAGUCAUGGAUUUGAUUUUUAGUUCUCCCCACACCCCCAUAGGCAAGGCCUUCCCCCAGAGUUCCUGCUUUGGAUCCAAAGCCUGAGAAUAGGCCAUUAUGGACCAUUGGCUCCCUAAAUCCCUCCUUGGCCUCUUGGACUGAGCCCCUCAGCCUUUCUUCUUACCCUUCAGAAAGGAGGGUUCUCUUUAGAUAUGUUCAGGGGGAUCCUUCCAUGGCUGGAGGUCACCUUGACUGGGAGCUUGGCUUCUCCAAACCUGAAACACAGUAGAAGAUAGAGAUGUUUAUGAUGCAAAAACCUGCUCUGAGGUCAGAAAGUGCUAGUUUUCCAAAUCUCUCCCAUUGCUGCUGGCUAUUUGGGGAAAGAAGAGAAAAGCCCAUUCCAGAGGCAGAAGGGAAGCUCCCAGCCGAGGGUAAAAGUUGAGACCUGUAUGCAUGUAUCUCUGUAUAUGUGUAUGUAAUCACCCUCAUCACCAUCCCUGAGAAAACAUUUCCUUUUCAAGUCAGAGCACGCCUGAAAGGGUUUGUGGAGAGCCCAGCUCACCAGGGACUCUGGUUGCCGUAGCAGCCUUCCAGACUGUUCUCUCUAUCUUCUGCUUUGGGCAUCAAGGGAGACCAGGGGACUACAUCUUCCCAGCUUUUCAAAUGGGAGCACCUCCCACAUCGUGGCUUAGGGGCUGGGAGUGCCAGGGCACGGAUGUGGGACUUUUGGAAAAUGUGGAGGAAGCAGGGCCUCAAAGCUUCCUGUCUGGACUUUUCUUCCUAGUUUCCCCACCCAGUCAUUGAAGCUGCCUCAUCUUACUCCUGAUUCUUCAGAAAUUUGAAUGUUAAGCAACCAGUUAAACCAUCGUCAGUAUUAAUUUUUUCAAGCUGUCAAGGGGAGCCCUUAGAGGGGACAACUUCUCCUUGGAGUGGUGGCCAAGCUGGGCCUCACCAGGUGUGAUCAUAGUCUUAGAUAUCAUGGAGUUCCCAUCUCUGCAGAGGCAGGCUCUUCCCAGCUCCACAAGAGGCGGAGAAUUGCAACUUCUUCCUCUCCGGGAACAGCCUAUCUAGCUCCUGGGAGGAAUCUCAAAGAUCUUUCUUCUUAAGACAUCGAAGAAAAACUGAGAGGCUGUAGCUCGACCUAGUUUCUGUGAAGAAUUUUGUCAAGUGAUCCCUCUCUGACCCUGAGCCUCUUUAUUUGGAUUUUGUGCCUUGAGCACCAAGAGAAUAUGCACUCUGGGUUGCCUGGACAGCUGGGGUGGUGAUUCACAGGAAGGGUCCAAGCCAUCACUACACCUGACUCAAGCCGGAAAGAGCUCCCAGAGGACUUCCUGGAACUGCCAGCCUCAGCCUGAGAUGCGGGAUAUUCGUCCCCAAGGAGCGAGGAGGGACAGCUCGCCUUCUUUGCAGCAAGACCAACCCUUCCUCUUCCUCCUUCUCCUCAGCCUACUCGGUGUGAAGACAAUGAGGAUGGAGACCUUUACGAUGAUACACUUCCACUUAAUAACCAGAAAAAUGCUGGCAGGUGGUGCAAGCAGGGACAUCUACGCAUAGAAUUCUGACAGCAGCUGGACCCUCAACCUCUUCAGAAGACGAGACCCCUGCCUGGCACCGCUGGCAGGCAUCUGGCCUGACACUGCUCUGGAGGCCUCCCACAAGCAGCAACCAAGCCAGAAAAAGCUGAGACCAGACCCGCUGUCCCUAAAGAUGGGGCCCAGAAUGUCGGGGUGAAGCUGUAGGAACAGGGUGAAAGCUGGUGGUGUGAGCAAAGAGACCAGCUAUGGGGUGGUCAGGGGAUUCCGGGAGGUGCAUGGUUAUGUUACAGACCCCCCCAGGACAAGGGUGGCUGUGGAAGAAUGGCAAAUAAACACAAGGCAAAGUCUCA